AUGGCGGAGCUCCCACCGCUGGCCCCAGUGCCCUCCCCCGCAGUGAGGAGGACAAUUCCACCGAAUGACUGGGAAGCUUGCUUGGAUGCUUGGAUGACUCUAUUGGGCAUCCGACUGAAUCUUCCUGAUCAGAAAUUUAGAGUGGCAGCAGCCGAAGAUGGAUCGACACCCUCAUUCCUGGGAUCCUAUUAUCAAUAUGCAGCCGCAGGGGACUCCGGUCUCCAGAGUGGGCCUCAAGGACGACAGCUCCGCAAGCUAUGCUUUUUGGCAACAAGGCGAUAUCUGCUUGAUCUACCUAACCUACCAGAGGGACUUUUAGACUGGAGACUCCUUGGGAAUUUAUGCUGCUGCUACCCUUCCAGCGCGCUCUUGAAGACGUCAUUAUCAAAGGCCUGGGAGCUCCAUCAUGACAAAAUCAGUACAAGCAUUGACAGUGCAAAAGCCACCGUGAUGAAGAACUUGUCAUCCGCGAACCCUGGCUCAAAUACCGAGCUCCUUUCUGAUAUCCGUCGUUUGACCAUUCUGGCUUCUGUGCUGCCAGCAUGUGGCCAAGCACUCAUGGCGGGUUCCGAUUUCCUGGACACAACAGCCGAGACUUACCAGGCGAAAGGUGCUAGAGAAGAGCUUCGCAAGAUCCUCGUUGCUAAUGUUUACGUUUCCUUGAUCUCGUUGUUGAAAGAGCCUGUCAAUUUGUCCUCACUAUUGGACCAAUUGUUCAGCCUCAAGGCUGCGGCGCGAGUUGGGGCCCCGAAGAUGAAAAAGGAAGCAACCCUGCUUUCCGAUCUAGUCUGCAGCUCAGAUCUGCUCAUUCGAUUAGAGAAAUAUCUUGCAGGGCACCCGCAGAAGCGAGGCCAGGAUCUUCUCGCUAGCUUGCGUGAUUAUCAAGUCGAAUCGCAGUCUCUACACCAUCGAUACCAAAGGAAGAAGAAGCUGGACAAAGGGAAAGCCGUCUCUUCAGAUCCUAUCGCAUCAGGAGAGGUCCAUGCGCAUAAAAUGUCCCUUGUCACACAGGUGCAAGACCUUUUCCCCGAUCUUGGGUCGGCAUUCGUUGUACGCCUGCUGGACUUUUACAACGACAACCCCGAAACGAUUGUUGCCCAACUGCUCGAUGAUUCACUGCCAUCCGAACUCCAAGCCCUAGACCGAACUGAGCAACUGCCUCCCCCAGCAGAACCUCACCACGUCCACAUGUCACCUCAACCAACACCCCCAGCAAUGCCAUCACCUCAACCUGAAUACAUUCCUACUCGAAAGAACGUCUUCGACGACGAUGUCGAUAUUGCAGAACUGAGUCGAUCAGGUGACGCCGAAGGAAAACUACACUUUGGCCACGUUGAUACAGACGAAGCAGUCCCACUGGACAGCAGCCAACACGCAACCAACAAAGCCGCAAUUCUUUCUGCCCUAGCAACAUUCGACUCUGACGAUGACGAGCGCGACGAUACCUACGACGCAACAGAUGUGGGCGGCGCCAUCGACGGUCCUACUGGCGCAGAUGGGGAAACCGAAACAGAGAAGCAGCGCCGACGCACAGCUGACACCGAAGCGACUCUGUUCCGAACCUACAAGUCCAAUCCUGGCCUCUUUGGUCGUGAUUCGACCACGCGCCGAUCGCAACCGCGCCAAUUGUUGAAGCGCGAGUUCGAGAUGACAGAUGAAGCCAUUGAGGGCUGGGCUGUCAUGCUAUCGCGUGAUCCGAAGCGCAUCGCCAGGCUUGAAGAUCAACUUGCUAUGGAUGCUGGUGGACCUGGUGGUGGCGCUCUCAAUCAGCCCGAGCUACGGUCGACUUCUUACAGGCGACCGCAACCCCGUGAAGAUGGCGAGGAGGGCUCGGAUGAUGGUGAAUCUUCUGGUCAUACUGGGUCUCGGGGUAGAGGUGGUGGUUGUGGUGGAAGAGGACGCGGUGGUGGUCGCGGACGUGGCCGUGGAGGUGGACCUCCAUCUGGUGGUCAGGGCCAGGCGGACGGUGCUGCUUCACGGCAGAAGAAAGAAGAGAAUAAGGGAAGCCGAGCAAACCAUAAUCGGCGACAGCAACACGCAAAGAAGAUGGCGCGUGGUGGAAUGGCUGGGUGA